AUGAAUUACAUUAUAUGUUUAACGUUAAUUUUACAAUUAAUUGUAUCCUGUAAGACAUUCAGCAGUCUAUACAAAGAACAAGAAUAUCAAAUAGAAAGUAGAUCAUAUUAUCCUGUUUAUCAAACAAAUUACACAUAUGAUGUAGCCAAAGAAAUACUUCCAAUUAAAUUAUUAAUUAUUGCUUUAUAUUCAUGUAUUACUUUAAUUGGUGUAACAGGAAAUUUAUUAGUUGUAUGGAUAGUAUUACGUGUUAAACCUUUACAAACAAUAACAAAUUUAUUUAUUGCAAAUUUAGCAAUAUCAGAUAUUUUAAUGAGUAUAGUAGCUACACCAUUUACACCAUUAUCAUUAUAUAUGAAUAAUUGGACUUUACCAGAAAUUGUAUGUAAAUUAUUACCAACUACAAUGGGUGUAUCAGUUUAUGUAUCUACAUUGACAUCAAUGGCUAUUGCAUUAGAUAGAUAUUUUGUUAUUGUACAUCCAUUUUUACCAAGAAUGAAAAUAUGGUUAUGCUUUAUAAUUAUAUUCAUUGUAUGGAUUAUUGCUAUACUCAUUUCAAUGCCAUUAGCUGUUUAUCAACAAAAACAUUAUGAUCCUAUUACUAAUAUAUCAAAUUGUCGUGAAAAUUGGCCAAAAGAAUCAUCACGUGAAGUAUUUACAAUUGUUAGUUUUAUUUUACAAUUUAUUAUUCCAUGUAGUAUUAUAACAAUAUGUUAUUUUCGUAUUAGUUUAUUAUUACAAUCAAGAUUACAUACACAAAUUGGUAGUGGAAUAAAAACACAUUUAAAAGAAGAAAGAGAAAUUAAACGUAAACGUAGAACAAAUACAAUGUUAAUAGCAAUGGUUAUAAUAUUUGUUAUCUGUUGGAUACCAUUAAAUAUUCUAUGGAUGAUAAUGGAUAUACAUAGUGAUAAAAAUAUUAAUGAUAUACAAAAUUCACAAAAUUUCACUUUAAUCUUUUUUAUCUGUCAUUUAUUAGCAAUGAGUAGUGCUGUAUAUAAUCCAUUUUUAUAUGCAUGGAUGAAUAAUAAUUUUCGUAAAGAAUUUCAUCAUAUUAUACCAUGUUUUUUUUGA